AUGAUUGCAAUUCCCAACACUUCCGAGAAUGCAGUGGGAAACUGGGGUCUGAUUACUUUUACUGAAGACAUAAUUUUAUGGUAUCCGGAAAGUGAUUUGUUAAUAUCCAAAUUGGAUUUGACUUUAUUGAUUUCCCAUGAAAUUGUUCAUCAGGUGGAUGAACUACUGAUAGUCUUCGAAGUGUAUGCUGCACUUGAUAUUGACGCUACGUCGAAGUCACAUCCAGUUAUUUUUCCUGAAAUUGAUAUGAAUGACUUUAAUGUCCUGGAUGAAUUGAUCACUUACAGUAAGGGUGCCUCCGUGAUUCAAAUGAUGGAAAUGUUUAUGGGACACAAAAAAUUUAUGGACGGCAUAAAAGUAUGGAAAUCCGAAAAUAAUCAUCUCGACAUCGAAUUCAUUAUGAAUUCUUGGACCAAGCAAAUGAAUUAUCCACUCGUAGUUGUUCAGCGAAAUCAGUCUAAUGUGUUCCAUUUUGAACAGUCACGUUAUCUUCAAUUUCAAGAUGUCGAUUCUUCUCCAGAAGAUGAAGCUCGUGAUAUUGUACCAUAUACCUAUUUCCUGAAUGCGACAAAGUAUUUAAAGCAUGAAGAUCGGUUCAUCGUAUGGAAAACAACAAGCCGAGCAUUACUAUACAUUAACAGUAUGCUUGUUCUUAAUGAGAAUUAUGGAGUUUUUCAAGCAUAUUUACAAACUCUUCUUGACAGUCAUAUUUAUUCAGUAAGCUGGUCAUAUGUUAAUGAUAGUCAAAACCCUGGAAAGAUGCUUCUUGACAAUGUUUUGGCUAGACUCGCUUCUAAAGCUGAACACCAACUAUUCGUUAACAAAGCCAGAGAACUCUUUCGACAGUGGAUGUCGAGACCUGGAGUAAAUCCCAUACCUCAUAGUUUACGAUCAGCCAUUUAUUGUAUGGCUAUUCAUUUUGGUGGUCAAAGAGAAUGGAAAUUCUUAAAAAGUCAACUGUUGUUGGGCAAUAGUUCGAAAACAGAAGAGGAUAUUGAAAACAUAAUUGAGGCAUUAACGUGUUCUCGUGACAUAUGGAUUAUGAAAUGGUACUUGAACUGGUUUAGAGAAAACAGAGCAUUCUGGAGAUAUCUUCAUUAUUUCGCCGAAUCUCCGGUCGGCAAUAGACUUUUGUGGGACUGUCUAAGUAAAUUGAAUAAUUUAACGAUAAAUCAAGACUUUGCAGAAUAUAUAGUGAAAGCAAUAACUGAAAAUCAUUGCGCAGUGUAUGAUGAGGCGGUUGACGAAGAAGUACUUGCGAGAGAAGCUGACUAUCUGGGAAAUGUUGAACUGAAAUCAAAGAUCAAUGAUUUACUUCAGAAAUACAGAGAGAAAAAUCGUAAUCCUAGCGAUGAUGAUCAUCAUCAUAAUAACAAUAAUACUGAGCUAGUAAAUCCACUUUCAUAUCAUGGUUUUUUGGAAAAGAAAAAAAAAGACUAUUAUCUUAACAAACCAAAAAGAUAUCGAUUACGAAUUAUGAUAGGCAUACUACAUAUUGAUGUACGAUGUACGAAUUGUUAUAUGUAUAUUGAGUUCAAGUGA